UGCCAUUCCAACACACACACACACACACACACACACACACACACACACACCCCCAGCCCUGAGUGCUGAGUGUAGAAAGGAAGAGAAAGGAGUCUGUGUGUGAAUCGGACUCUGAGGUGACCUCAUAACGUCCAGGUGGAACUGCAGACACACACACAGUUCGUCUCGACUCACUGAACCUCAUCAUGUCACGAUUCAGCACACUCUCAGCUCAGGAGAGAAAGAAACAAGCGGCGGCCAUUUGCAGUGAAAUCCACGGCACGACCAACGGUGAUACGAUGGAUCUGGGCAAGAAGCUCUCUGUUCCUAAAGACAUCAUGCUGGAGGAGCUCUCUCUCCUGUCCAACCGAGGAUCACGCCUCUUCAAAAUGCGGCAGCGUAGAUCUGAGAAGUACACCUUUGAAAGUAUUCAGAACGAAGCCAACACCAUCUUAAAUAGUGAAGAUCAGACUGAAGCUGAAAACGCAGAAAACAAAACUCCAAACACUCCAGAUGCCAGGAACCCGGCGAACCCUGAGGAGAUCGCACCGGGUUACGGAGGUCCACUGAAGGACGUUCCGCCGGAGAGGUUCAACGCCACGGCUCUGCCCAAAUCCUACCACUCGCCCUGGGAGGAGGCCAUCAUCAACGACCCGGCUCUGGCCGACACGCUGAAGCUCAACAUGCCCGCUCCGGAACCCAGACCCGAGAUGCCCGACUACAAGAGCUUUAACAGGGUGGCCACGCCGUAUGGAGGUUUUGAAAAAGCUCCUCGAGGAAUCACCUUCAAGGUUCCAGAGAUAGACCUGAACCCGCCGAGGUACCCGGAGCUGCAGGACCCCGCGGCCAAGCGGCCCACCUUCAACCGCACGGCUCAGGGCUGGAUCUCCGACGGAGUUCCCAUCAUCUUACCCACAAUCCCCGUGGAGCCGCUGGAGAUCCCCGAGUCCGACGACCUGUAAACGCUAAACACACCUCAGUGUGACGGAGAGAGUCAGCUGGAGUUCACGUCCACCAACACCGCUGAGGUGCAGCCGAGAGAAUCAACACCUGGAGUUCAAAUAAAAUCUGAUUAACUCAACAUUUAAAUUUGAAAUUUCACCAAAAUAUUUUAGUGGAUGAUCUACGUGAAAUCUGCAGCAGCUUUAACAAGGCAAUAAAAAAUAAAUACGUAUAUUAAAAAAAGCUAAGAUUUUAAAAAGUAGUAUAAAUAAAAUUUAAAAAACAAUUAUUACAAUAACAAUUAUAAUAGAUUUUAAUAUAUUAAAUAAUUAUAGAAUUCAUAUUAAUAAUAACAACCUGGCAAGAAUUUAUAAUGUAGUAAGUUAUAACUCAGUAAUAACACAUUUAUCAGGACGAGAAAUUUGUAGAUUUUGUUUUCUUCAAGUCUGAAAUCCCAGAUGUUUAAUAAAAAUAAAUCAUUCUCAUUGCAUCAGAACAUUUCUGUGUUCAGUAGAAAUCAUUCACACUGAACUCUGAACGCUUUUAUUUCUGAUUAAAUUACAGACCAUUACAUGUUUCAGAAACAUCACACGACCUUCACAUGACCUUCACAUGACAUUCACACGACAUUCACAUGACCUUCAGUUAUGAGCUUUAUUUUAUUUUAUGAAAUACAUUAAUACAUUGCACCUUUACACUGAGUCAUAUAUUAAACAUAAAUCAGUAAAAUAGAGAGAGAGAGAGAGAGAGAGAGAGAGAGAGAGACAGAGGGAAGGAGGAGUGUAAAUACAAUCUGCUGAUUUUCUGAAGCUGGUUUUUAUUGUAAAAAGUUCAUGCUGUGAAAUGUGUUGUGUUUUCUGACUGAUUUGCUUUUGUUCAUUAUUUGGGAACCUGUUUGUGUGUGUGUUUGUGUGUGUGUUUGUGUGUGUGUGUGUGUUUGUGUGUGUGUUUGUGUGUGUGUUUGUGUGUGUGUGUGUGUUUGUGUGUGUGUUUGUGUGUGUGUGUGUGUGUGUGUGUUCUGGUUUGAAUUUAUUUUAAUCCCGUGGUGUAAACUCCUAAAUAAAGUGUAUAUUUACCCCAGUGA